AUGAACGCGGUCAGUAUUGGGGAGUACCAUGGGCUGCGUGUGGGCUCGGCGCUGCUCAGCAUCGUGUCCGGCUGCAUCAUCAUCGGCGUGUCCAAAGACUGUGACGCGGACGCCGUGGGGGGGAUCUUCCUCGGGGCAGGAGGACUUGGCCUCCUGAUCUCGGUGUAUCCGUUCAUCAAAGCCUGGUUCAACAUCCAUCAUAUUUUACCCAACAUCGGAAACUUUCGAGUGCAUCCAGUGGCUCCAACUCCAGCCCCUGAACAGCCCCCUGACUCCCUCAGAAGAGAAGAGACGCUCGGGCAGCUGGAGCGCUCCAAGAGCCGCAUGGGGACGUUCGCAGAGGCGGGAGCUGCUGCAGCCGAGGGCUCGCAGGACGACGGACCCUCCACAGAUGUCCCGGAUAUUUUGGGCAGGCGUAAAACCAAACUCUCAGACGUGGACCUUCCAUAAACAUCUGAAGCUGAGCACAUUGACUGUUAAAAUAACAAAGAGUUUUUAGUAUAAUAUUAAUUUAAUUCAGGCCUAUAAUUAAUACCUGAGGUCAAAACCAUGUUUUUUAUUAGUUCAUACAAUGAGCUUUGCACUGUACAAUAUGUUACUAGGUUAAACAUUAGGAAAUCUUGGCUAUGAGAUGUUUCAUCCCUCAUGUUGUGUUUCAUCGCCCCAGGUCGUCUCUUAGACUGCAGAUAAAAUGCAAAUGCAACCUUUAUUUAAAAAAAAUAAAAAAUCACAAAUACAUCUCAUUUACAUUUCAGUCAUGAUCGAUAUGCCCAAUCUUGAUGAAAGUUUUAAAACGAAUCAUUUUGAUCUGGACAGAACAAAAUGAUUGAAGACUUUAAUGGCUUUUAAAUGUGUUUAAAUAAAAGUUUAAAACAAAAUGCUUAAUUCUUGCACGUGAGGAAAAUCUGCAUGACU